AUGGGCAUGUUGCAGCGGAAGGAGGUGGACAUAGUGUUGGGGCCCAUGGCCAUCUCCCUGGAGCGGUACUCCGUGGCGGAGUUUAGCGUGCCCAUCCUCUUCACCGAGCACACCAUCUCCUACUCUCGCCCUGUCAUCGCCCCUGACCUGCUGGGGUUCGUCAAGCCCUUCGUCGUCACCACAGGAGCCGGAGGGCGCGUGUUCAUCACCCUGUGGCUGCUGGUGGCCUUCAUCCUGGGAACAAUAUACAGGGUGAACCUCACAGCCAUGCUCGUCGUUCCUAAGGUCAGGAUCCCCUUUGACACGCUGGAGGAACUAGUCAACCAGAGGAAGACACCUUGGGUCUUCUCUAGAGGCAGUGUGGUCCACAGCACCUUCGAAGCAGCCUACAAGGAGAGGCCAAACUCAACCAUGGGUCGGCUGUGGGCAGGCAAACUAGAGCUAAUCAGCACGCUCUCACCCUUAACGGAAAUAGCUCUGAAGGGCAUAGCAGGUAUUUACGUUCGCCACUCCACCGUCCAUAGGAUGUCCCUCGACUUCUCACAGACUGGAAGGUGUCGUUUAGCAGUUACACGCAGUCGAUUUAUGCCUGUGGUAUAUAGCAUUACAUACCCAAAGAAAUCCACACUGAAGCCUCUCAUUGACAACAUACUAACUUCACUCGUGGAAUUUGGCAUUGUAGACAAGUUUAUGCACAUAGGGCAUGAAAAUGCAACCCAAUGUCUAAUAACCUCAGCAACGGAACAAAGGAAUAGUCUCCGUGAAUUGGCUAUUGGAGACUUUCUUGGCAUCUUCUCUUUAUAUGCCACUGGUAAGUCAUAAAUACAAAAGUAAGUAUCCACUUAAGAAUGAAUCAUAAUGCUGUAUAAUAUGUAUAAAGCAACAGGAGUACUAUAUCAAAAUACAGAAGGAAAAACACUCGUAUAGUAUUUUAUUGCAGUCCCCAUGGCGUAAUGGUAAGACACUCGCCCAGCGCCUCACGAGUGCAUUGGCCUGGGUUCGUAUCCUGGCCGGGGUGGAUUGACCGGGCACCAAUCCUUAAUUGUAGCCUCUGUUUAACCCAGCAGUGAAUGGGUCCCUGGUUGCUGAACGAUUUGGAGGGUUGUAUUCUGGGGAAAAUUAGGAUUAAGGACCUGCC